CUUCAAACCCACCAAAGGGGUUACCCCCCCCCCCCACCAUUCCCAGAGGGGACAAGAUUUGUCUGCGUCCCAUCUGGUUUACACGUUUACCAGCCCUCUCUCCUCCUCCCUCCUCCUCCUAAACUCAUAUUGAUUCAGCUCAUGGGUGAAGAAUCACCUUCUGCUGUCAGACUCUAUCUGGCGACCAGCGAAGCUGACAUCUUCCCUAACACGGGGACCGAGGAGGCAGCCUAUCCCACCCCACCCCACAAGGAAGAGGAGGAGGUGGGAAGAGAGCUGCACCUUUUUCCAGAAGACACAAGGAGGUGUGUGUGAGUGUGUGCGUCUGUGCUACACAGCAUCCUCCGAGCCUGAUCAGGACCAGCUCAGCACCCUCUCCCUGGACAGCCACAAACCCCACGCACAUCCCUCACUGCGGGGAAUCUGCAGGGCAGGAUGCCGGCUCUCGCUGAUGUCUCCUGGACGCUACUGAUGGUGAUUCUGGCUUCUGUGCAAGGUGAGAGAUGGUGGUGGUGGUGGGGGGGGGGAAUCGGCAAGAUGCUGCAGUGAUGCAUGUGUGCAUAGACCCUGAAACAAGAAACCAUCGUCAACACACAAAGUACAGCACAUACAUGUCCGACUAAUUGAUUUAUUAAAUGUGGGGGCUUUAUGCAUUGCUCACGGAGAUUUAUCAACGCUAUAAAUAUGGGUUUUAAUGCAAAAUAAAUGGAUAACGGGGCAUGGGAUUUUAAUGUGCAACAUUAAUCUAUAAAAGGCACACACACACAUCUAUCUAUCUAUACAUACAUAUAUUAAUGGUCAUUUCUAUUUAUAUUGUACAGUGCUACGGAAUCUGAUGGCGCUUUAUAAAUAAUGAAAUAAUAAUAUGUGUGUGAUUGAUUUACUGCACACAGAUCUCUAGUCAUUGAAAUGAAACAGCUUAUUCAUGUACACUGAUAAAUGUAUGGAUGCUUUGCCCAUAGGUAAUAUAUCUAGCCCCCACAUUACAGCAUAUUUCUAUGUGUCUGAAUAUUAAUAUAUUUUACGUGUUAAAUAUGUUUUCAUUAAACAUUUGGAGAUUGGGGGCCGCCGCUGUCUUUGUUUCAAUAGGCAUGGUGGUCCAGACCUGAUAUACGUCGUAUAGAAACGUGCAGUAUUGUUUAGAGAUGGAGUCUGUGGCAAACACAGUAACAUGCCAUUUACAUGGAUGUAUCAGUCUACAUGUUGACUGUGGUGUUUGAUGGUAUAGACAUACUGCCAGGGCUCCUAUCUAAUGAGGAGUGUCCUGCAAGGCCUGUGACUGUGAUGGGGUUAAUCCUUGGGGUAUAAAAUACACAAGGUAACAGGUAUGUCUCCCUGGAUCAGGGUGUAUACGUAUUGUACAUCAGGAGUUGUGUUAUCAUGCAGGAGGCCCAGACUCGUCACGUGUAGGUGAGGGCUGGGGGUCUCCAUGUCUUCUGCCUCCACCAGUCCUUUCUUUUUCUGCGUACGCCUCCCACUCACUCCUUUAUCCCUCUUAUUUUUCACUGAGUUCUAUCCUUCCAUGCUAUGUCUGUGUUUAUUCCUCCUUCGUAUUUCUUUUUCUGUGCCUCCUCCCAAAGCUCGCUCUACCCCAGUGCCUCUCCAUCCUCUCUCUCUCUGCCUUGCAACAUGUCCUGCCUUUUAGACACAGCAAGAGGAGAGGUAAAGGAAUGCAGAGGCCAAGAGAGUGCGGGCACACAUCUCUAACCAAAGAUGACCAGUGGGGCAGGUAAAGGUAGAUACUGUGUAUAGGUAAAUGGUAAUAGAAGGAAAUAGAGACAGAAUGGCCGAAGCCAAGUACAAGGCAAGUGGACAAACUGACAGGUAUGUUGUGUGUAGCAUUCUGGUAAUAGUCCCCUCUGUACCCCCAGGUCUGCCCCUUCUGGAUGGGGAAGGAACCGAUGUCCCAGACCUACAGCACACCCCUUCGCAUGGUCGGUCAGACCCUGUCUCUUUGGAACAGCUUGUCCAUCAAGCCGUCAUGAAGAAGGACUUUCUGUCUCAGGAUGUGUUCUUGACAGGUGAGAUGAAUUUCAGGCAGAUCGUGUGCUUAUAGCAAUAUAGACAUAAACAAGUAGAUGGAAUUUGUGAGCAGACGUGGAAAUGAAGUUGCAGUAUGUCUCCAUUUACAGUAUUCUAUGGUUACACCAAUCCAAAAAUUACUCAAUAAGUCAGUGCUGAAGGGGAACCUAUAAUUUAAGAAAAAAUGUCCCAGCGAUCUCCAGAGCAAUCUCUCACAGCAACACAUGCCAUUUCUGAGUAAACCACCAAUCAGAAAGUCACAUGAGCUUAGGGAAACUGUGCAAAGUUGGUUCCUCAUCGGUUUUUAAAAUGCCUCAAUAAUUCUCUUUGUGCAUCUCAGUCAGUUCCAGGUGCGAGUGGCCUGGUUGAGUUAUCAAGGAGUGAGGGGUAUCAAGGUAUUUGCUGGGGUGCAGUGAUUACUGUAUAAACCCAGAACCACCCAGAUUUAUUAAACCUACUUCAUCUUGUAUAACACCGGCUUACUUCACACAUGUCUGGUGGCAUUAGUGGAGCCUGAUGGACAUGGUUGCAAUGUAGAAGACAGUAGGCCAUACUUGAUGAUAAUACUGUUUGAAAGGCAAAACUGCCAGUCACACCUGCCAUUUUAUGCUCCCCCAGCAGAGGUGGCACAGGACCAACAAACUAAGACAGGUGGAGCUCUCUAUGAAAAUUACUCCUGUAGCUAGGUUGUCCUGGUUGCAUUGAUGAAUGAGGUCCAGCAGCUAGGCUGCCCUGGUUGAACUGCUAAAUUAUUUCAUGUAGCUAGGCUGCCAUGGCUGAAAUGCUAAAUGAUGUCAUGUAGCUAGGCUGCCAUGGCUGAAAUGCUAAAUUAUGACAUGUAGCUAGGCUGCCAUGGUUAAAUUGGUGAAUGAGGUCCCGCAGCUAGGCUACCCUGGUUGAGUUGAUGAAUUUGGUCUUUCAGCAAGGCUGUCCUGGUUGAAUUGGUGAAUGAGGUAUUCAGCUAUUCAGCUAGGAUGCCUGGUUGCAUUGGUGAAUGAGGUCCUCAAGCUAGGUUGCCCUGGUUGAAUUGGUGAAUGAGGUAUUCAGCUAGGCUGCCUGGUUGAAUUGGUGAAUAAGGUCCUUCAGCUAGGCUGCCCUGGUUGAACUGGUCAAUGAGGUCCUUCAGCUAGGCUGUUUGAAUUGGUGAAUGAGGUAGGCAGCUAGGCUGCCCUGGCUGAAUUGAUGAAUGAGGUAUUCAGCUAGACUGCCUGGUUGAAUUGGUGAAUUAAGUAUUCAGCUAGGCUGCCUGGCUGAAUUGGUGAAUGAGGUAUUUAGCUAGGCUGCCUGAUUGAAUUGGUGAAUGAGGUCCCGCAGCUAGGUUACCCUGGUUCAAUUAAUGAAUGUGGUCUUUCAGCAUGGUUGCCCUGCUUGAAUUGAUGAAUGUGGUCUUUCAGCAAGGCUUCCUUGGUUGAAUUGGUGAAUGAGGUCUUUCAGCUAGGCUGCCCUGGUUGCAUUGAUGAAUGAGGUCCAGCAGCCCUGGUUGAACUGCUAAAUUAUUUCAUGUAGCUAGGCUGCCAUGGCUGAAAUGCUAAAUGAUGUGAUGUAGCUAGGCUGCCAUGGCUGAAAUGCUAAAUUAUGUCAUGUAGCUAGGCUGCCAUGGUUAAAUUGGUGAAUGAGGUCCCGCAGCUAGGCUACCCUGGUUGAGUUGAUGAAUGUGGUCUUUCAGCAAGGCUGUCCUGGUUGAAUUGGUAAAUGAGGUAUUCAGCUAUUCAGCUAGGAUGCCUGGUUGAAUUGGUGAAUGAGGUCCUUCACCUAGGCUGCCCUGGUUGAACUGGUGAAUUAGGUAUUCAGCUAGGUUUCCCUGGUUAAAUUGAUGAAUGUGGUCUUUCAGCAAGGUUGCCUUAUUGAAUUGGUAAAUGAGGUAAUUCAGCUAGGCUGUCCUGGAUGAACUGGUGAAUGAAGUCCUUCAGCUAGGCUGCCACGUUUGAAUUGGUGAAUGAGGUAGGCAGCUAGGCUGCCCUGGUUGAAUUGAUGAAUGAGGUCCUUCAGCUAGGCUGCCCUGGUUGAAUAAGUGAAUGAGGUAUUCAGCUAGACUGCCUGGUUGAAUUGGUGAAUGAAGUAUUAGGCUGCCUGGUUGAUUUGGUGAAUGAGGUAUUCAGCUAGGCUGCCUGAUUGAAUUGGUGAAUGAGGUCCCGUAGCUAGGUUACCCUGGUUCAAUUAAUGAAUGUGGUCUUUCAGCAUGGCUGCCCUCCUUGAAUUGAUGAAUGUGGUCUUUCAGCAAGGCUGCCUUGGUUGAAUUGGUGAAUGAGGUCCUUUAGCUAGGCUGCCCUGGAUGAAUUGGUGAAUGAGGUUCCUCAGCUAAACUGCCCUGGCUGAAUAGGUGAAUUAGUUCCUUCAGCUAGGCUGUCCUGGUUGAAUUGGUAAAUUAGGUCCUUCAGCUAGGCUGCCCUGGUUGAAUUGGUGAAUGAGGUCCUUCAGCUAGGCUGCCCUGGUUGAAUUGAUGAAUGUGGUCUUUCAGCUAGGCUGCCCUGGUUGAACUGAUGAAUGUGGUCUUUCAGCUAGGCUGCCCUGGUUGAAUUGGUGAAUGAAUUCCUUUAGCUAGGAUGCCCUGAUGGAAUUGGUGAAUGAGGUCCUUCAGCUAGGCUGCCCUGGUUGAAUUGAUGAAUGAGGUCCUUUAGCUAGGCUGCCCUGAUGGAAUUGGUGAAUGAGAUCCUUCGGCUAGGCUGCCCGGAUUGAAUUGGUGACUGAGGUCCUUCAGCUAGGCUGGUUGAAUUGUGAAGACAAGUAAGAACCCUACACUAACAUGGGAUUCUUAUACUAUACAAGCGUAUUACAAAUGGUGAUAUUAGAACCAAGAACAAUUGGCAGUAGUUCAGAGCAGGCAUUGGAGAUGGUUCUCAUGCCAUAGUGCUGGCAUGGUCCCAAACUAUCCGUUGUUAACCUAAAAUAAGUCCAUAAUAUUACUAGGGUGAACAUUGCUCCUUGAUCCCCUACAAGGUUAUUUAUUAAAGUGAGAAUUGCCUGGAAUUCAAAGUGUAUUCAAAAUAAUUUCAAAAUUUAGGAUAAAAUAACUGAAUUAGAAAAGUUCUCCAGGUUAAUUUUGUUUUCAGUUUGGCUAUUUUCGCAUUAAAUUUGAAAUUGUAAUUCCUGAUAAUUCAUACUUUAGAAAUUCUGUAAAUGUUCUGUACGCUACUACAUAUUGGGAACAAAAUAAAUCUAGUGCUCUCCUAGACUAGGGUUAUAACGCUCUGUAUUCUCCUAUACUAGGGUUAUAAUGCUGUGUACUCUCCUAUACCAGGGUUAUAAUGCUGUGUACUCUCCCAUACUAGGGUUAUAACGAUGUGUACUCUCCUAUACUAGGGUUAUAACGAUGUGUACUCUCCUAUACUAGGGUUAUAAUGCUGUGUACUCUCCCAUACUAGGGUUAUAACGAUGUGUACUCUCCUAUACUAGGGUUAUAACGCUGUGUAUUCUCAUAGACUAGGGUUAUAAUGCUGUGUACUCUCCUAUAUUAGGGUUAUAAUGCUGUGUACUCUCCUAUACUAGGGUUAUACCGCUGUGUAUUCUCAUAGACUAGGGUUAUAAUGCUGUGUACUCUACUAUAUUAGGGUUAUAACACUGUGUACUCUCCUAUACUAGGGUUAUAACAAUGUGUACUCUCCUAGACUAGGGUUAUAAGCUGUGUACUCUCCUAUACUAGGGUUAUAAUGCUGUGUACUCUCCUAUACUAGGGUUAUAAUGCUGUGUAUUCUCCUAGACUAGGGUUAUAACGCUGUGUAGUCUCCUGGACUAGGGUUAUAACGCUGUAUACUCUCCUAUACUAGGGUUAUAGCACUGUGUAUUCUCCUAGACAAGGGUUAUAAUGCUGUGUAUUUUCCUAGACUAGGGUUAUAACGCUGUGUACUAUCCUAUACUAGGGUUACAGGGAUCCAGUGCUUCUACAUAGAGAAAAGGAUGAUACGGUUGCAGUAUUCAGACACUAAGGAUGUUCAGAUAGCAGUGCUCUCACACUAGGGACGUUCCGGUCGCACUGCUCUCACACUAGGGACGUUCCGGUCGCAGUGCUCUCACACUAGGGACGUUCCGGUCGCACUGCUCUCACACUAGGGACGUUCCGGUCGCAGUGCUCUCACACUAGGGAUGUUCCGUCGCAGUGCUCUCACACUAGGGAGGGUCAGAUCGCAUUGCUCUCACACUAGGGACGGACAGAUCGCAGUGCUCUCACACUAGGGACGGUCAGAUCGCAGUGCUCUCACACUAGGGACGUUCCGGUCGCAGUGCUCUCACACUAGGGACGUUCAGGUCACAGUGCUCUCACACUAGAGACGUUCCGGUCGCAGUGCUCUCACACUAGGGACGGUCAGAUCGCAGUGCUCUCACGCUAGGGACGUUCCGGUCGCACUGCUCUCACACUAGGGACGUUCCGGUCGCAGUGCUCUCACACUAGGGAUGUUCCGGUCGCAGUGCUCUCACACUAGGGAGGGUCAGAUCGCAUUGCUCUCACACUAGGGACGGACAGAUCGCAGUGCUCUCACACUAGGGACGGUCAGAUCGCAGUGCUCUCACACUAGGGACGUUCCGGUCACAGUGCUCUCACACUAGGGACGUUCAGGUCACAGUGCUCUCACACUAGAGAUGUUCCGGUCGCAGUGCUCUCACACUAGGGACAGUCAGAUCGCAGUGCUCUCACACUAGGGACAUUCCAGUCGCAGUUCUCUCACACUAGGGAUGUUCCGGUCGCAGUGCUCUCACACUAGGGACAGUCAGAUCGCAUUGCUCUCACACUAGGGACGGACAGAUCGCAGUGCUCUCACACUAGGGACGGUCAGAUCGCAGUGCUCUCACACUAGGGACAUUCCAGUCGCAGUGCUCUCACACUAGAGACAUUCCGGUCGCAGUGCUCUCACACUAGGGACGGUCAGAUCGCAGUGCUCUCACACUAGGGACGUUCCGGUCGCAGUGCUCUCACAUUAGGGAUGUUCCGGUCGCAGUGCUCUCACACUAGGGAUGUUCAGAUCGCAGUGCUCUCACACUAUGGACGUUCCGGUCGCACUGCUCUCACACUAGGGACGUUCCGGUCGCAGUGCUCUCACACUAGGGAUGUUCCGUCGCAGUGCUCUCACACUAGGGAGGGUCAGAUCGCAUUGAUUCUACACUAGGACGACAGAUCGCAGUGCUCACACUAUUAGGGACGGUCAGAUCGCAGUGCUCACACUAGGGACGCCCGGCCGCAGUGCUCUCUACACUAGGGUUCAGUCAGCGCUCUCACACUAGAGACGCCCGUCGCAGUGCUCACACUAGAGACGGCUCCAGACCGCAGUGCUCUCACGCUUAGACGCCCGCCCACUGCUCACAUCUAGGGACGUUCCGGUCGCAGUGCUCUCACACUAGGGAUGUUCCGGUCGCAGUGCUCUCACACUAGGGAGGGUCAGAUCGCAUUGCUCUCACACUAGGGACGGACAGAUCGCAGUGCUCUCACACUAGGGACGGUCAGAUCGCAGUGCUCUCACACUAGGGACAUUCCAGUCGCAGUGCUCUCACACUAGAGACAUUCCGGUCGCAGUGCUCUCACACUAGGGACGGUCAGAUCGCAGUGCUCUCACACUAGGGACGUUCCGGUCGCAGUGCUCUCACAUUAGGGAUGUUCCGGUCGCAGUGCUCUCACACUAGGGACGUUCCAGUCGCAGUGCUCUCACAUUAGGGACGUUCCGGUCGCAGUGCUCUCACACUAGGGACUUGUAGAGGGAAUGCAGAGUUAGAAUCUUGACAUGAGAUGUACAUAGACUCUGUCAGCCGGCUUAGACAUUGUAACCCGACAAUACAUGUUUGAAGCAGCGCCAUCUACUGGUUGAAGGAAGCGAUUUGCACUGAUUUUCAUAUUUGCAUACCACAGGCACUGCAGACAGGUUUUUAUUGUCACCUAGCUCCCCCUCCUUUUGGCAGAGUUAUAUUUUAUUAUUGCCUGCAUGUUUCCCCAUUCUGUUCUCACCAUGAGUUGAAUGUCUAAUUGUGAAAGGAUAGUCCCAGUUUAGAAUAAAGCUGUCUAAGCCUGGUCCUCUAAGGCCCCGGAUUGUUAUGGUUCUCUGAAUUAGUGGGAGAAUGCUGGUCUGAAGUCUGAUACCUGCCUGGGAGACGGAACAGGUAGAUGGAAUGAUACCUGCCUGGGAGACGGAGCAGGUAAAUGGAAUGAUACCUGCCUGGGAGAAGGAGCAGGUAGAUGGAAUGAUACCUGCCUGGGAGAAGGAACGGGUAGAGGGAAUGAUAACUGCCUGGGAGACGGAGAAGGUAGAUGGAAUGAUACCUGCCUGGGAGAUGGAGCAGGUAGAUGGAAUGAUACCUGCCUGGGAGAAGGAGCAGGUAGAGGGAAUGAUACCUGCCUGGGAGACAGAGCAGGUAGAGGGAAUGAUACCUGCCUGGGAGACGGAGCAGGUAGAGGGAAUGAUACCUGCCUGGGAGAAGGAGCAGGUAGAUAGAAUGAUACCUGCCUGGGAGAUGGAGCAGGUAGAGGGAAUGAUACCUGCCUGGGAGACGGAGCAGGUAGAGGGAAUGAUACCUGCCUGGGAGAAGGAGCAGGUAGAUGGACUGAUACCUGCCUGGGAGAAGGAGCAGGUAGAGGGAAUGAUACCUGCCUGAGAGAAGGAGCAGGUAGAGUGAAUGAUACCUGCCUGAGAGAAGGAGCAGGUAGAGGGAAUGAUACCUGCCUGGGAGACGGAGCAGGUAGAUGAAAUGAUACCUGUCUGGGAGAUGGAGCAGGUAGAGGGAAUGAUACCUGCCUGGGAGACGGAGCAGGUAGAUGGAAUGAUACCUGCCUGGGAGAUGGAGCAGGUAGAGGGAAUGAUACCUGCCUGGGAGACGGAGCAGGUAGAGGGAAUGAUACCUGCCUGGGAGAAGGAGCAGGUAGAUGGACUGAUACCUGCCUGGGAGAAGGAGCAGGUAGAGGGAAUGAUACCUGCCUGGGAGAAGGAGCAGGUAGAGGGAAUGAUACCUGCCUGAGAGAAGGAGCAGGUAGAGGGAAUGAUACCUGCCUGGGAGACGGAGCAGGUAGAUGAAAUGAUACCUGUCUGGGAGAUGGAGCAGGUAGAGGGAAUGAUACCUGCCUGGGAGACGGAGCAGGUAGAUGAAAUGAUACCUGCCUGGGAGAAGGAGCAGGUAGAGGGAAUGAUACCUGCCUGGGAGAAGGAGCAGGUAGAGGGAAUGAUACCUGCCUGGGAGACGGAGCAGGUAAAGGGAAUGAUACCUGCCUGGGAGAUGGAGCAGGUAGAUGGAAUGAUACCUGCCUGGGAGACGGAGCAGGUAGAUGGAAUGAUACCUGCCUGGGAGAAAGAGCAGGUAGAUGGAAUGAUACCUGCCUGGGAGACGGAGCAGGUAGAUGGAAUGAUACCUGCCUGGGAGACGGAGCAGGUAGAGGGAAUGAUACCUGCCUGGGAGACGGAGCAGGUAGAUGGAAUGAUACCUGCCUGGGAGAAGGAGCAGGUAGACGGAAUGAUACCUGCCUGGGAGAAGAAGCAGGUAGAGGGAAUGAUACCUGCCUAGGAGACGGAGCAGGUAGAGGGAUUGAUACCGGCCUGGGAGAAGGAACAGGUAGAUGGAAUGAUACCUGCCUGGGAGACACAGCAGGUAGACGGAAUGAUACCUGCCUGGGAGACGGAGCAGGUAGAUGGAAUGAUACCUGCCUAGAAGAUGGAGCAGGUAGAGGGAAUGAUACCUGCCUGGGAGACGGAGCACACAUGCCUAUCCAUUUGGUAAAAAGCUAGACCUUACCACGAAGAUUCCUUGCACGGGUCCCUGGUGCUAGGAGAAAAUGGACAGAUGACAGUCAAACCUGGUUCUAGGAGCAGAUUAGACACUGUAACAGGCACAUAUAUUGAAGCUGGAUUAGACAAUGGAACAAGACCAGAUAUAGCAUUAGAAUUACUGGAACAGUACUACCGGAGCAGAAUUAAAAUAAAACUAGUGUUAGAAAUACAAAUGUGUUCAACGUCCUUCAAUAAACAUCCUUCUACAAAACGGAAUGUUUUUAAUUGCGGUACUAAAAGGACUAGACCGCUACACCCAGACCACUUCAUAGAGAUGGGUGCCUUUAGUGGUCCAUUAAACAUGAGAGAUGGAGUAGAACUAGUUAUAGGAGCAUGAUUAGAUACUAAAAAAAUAGGCAACUUACCUGGGGUCCACUGAGCACCAGUCAUCUACUCCAGGAGAGCCGGAAGCUCUCUACACUGAGCUAGCCCGGUGGAGCGGGUCUUAACUCAUUGGCUGAGAGCUGACACUUUCAGACAACCAACUGGCUUAACUUUAUAAACUUAGUGAAGUUCAUAAAGAUUCAGCUCUUCUGGACCUUUGAAUAGUGGACCCCACGUAUACUUCAAAGGUUUUGUGUGUUUACCCUGGGAGGACAUGAGUGCAUCCUGGCACAAUAACCAUUGUAGCACGCAAUAGUGGUUAUAUUGCUUUAAAUACCCAAUCCUUAGAAACAUUUAUUUCCACUCAGCUAGCUAAAAUGUCCCUUUCUUAACAAAAUGGCGAUUCAUUUUCUGUAAUAAGUGCAUGAUUUUUUGUGAUAUUUAUAUUUAUCUUUAACACAUGUUGGAGGAUAUAUCAAGACUAAACAGGUGGUAUUCUUAGUACAAAGUGUUAAAGGGACACUGCGGUCACCCCAAAAAAGUAAAAUCUAAGAUAUACCUAGAUUACUAGAUAUACCCUAGAAAUCCAAACAUCCUUGCAUUGAAUUAUACAUUUUUUCAUUAGGAGUAUAUAUAAAUACAGCUUGCAAAAGCUACAGAUCUCGUCUGCUGCCUUUGCAAACCCUCCCCUUCUAACCCCGCCCAGACUUUCUGCGGCUGUCCAAUCACAGACUUCCCAAUGCAGCUCAAUGAGAAGUCUUUGCAAGGCAGGUGCUCUGGGCAAUUGCUGCCUCUUGAGCUUAUCCUCACUAAACUAAACAAACCAGUUAGUAACAGGACCGGUUGUCGGAUUGACAGCCAAGGGGUGUAACCAGGUUAGUUUAUAAAUGUACCAAGUAACUGUGAAAUCUGCACUUUUUGUAAAACACACUCUUCACAAAUAAAGCAUUUCAGCAAGGUUCAGAGACUUUCUAGUGGUUGUCAUGGUGACGACCCCUCACUCUCCUCCAUAAGGAGCUAAAUCAAAGUGAUGCCAGAAGGGCACUAAAUAGAGGACUGGAAGGAAAAUUUGGCCUGAAAAUAACCAACACACCUUGUGCACCCUUAGACCUACUGGCUAUUGCACAAUUAACCUUCAAAAGCAUUUAAACAGCUGGCAAUGGGGUGAGCAAGGGAAGAACUUGGUAUCAGUUCUAAUGACAGCUCUACUUUAAUCUGUUUGACAUUUAAUCUUCACUUUUAUAAACAUUAUUUUGAACUUGUACCAUUUCUGACCUUUCACUUCCAUAGUUUAGUAGAUACAACCUGGUCUGUACUUGUGCAGCCUGUACAUGGUGAUCUUCUCUGUAACACAUGGAAAAAAUCCAUAGUGAGAAGCCAGAACUAUAGAGAGGAACUAGGAACCAUAGUUAGGAGCCAAAAACCAUAGAGAGGAACUAGGACCCAUAGUUAGGAGCCAGAAACCAUAGAGAGGAGCCAGAAACCAUAGAGAGGAAUUAGGACCCAUACAUAGGAGCCGGAAACCAUAGAGAGGAACUAGGACCCAUAAAUAGGAGCCAGAAACCAUAGAGAGGAAUUAGGACCCAAAGAUAGGAGCCGGAAACCAUAGAGAGGAACUAGGACCCGUAGAGAGGAUCUAGAAACCAUAUAGAGGAACUAGGACUCAUAGAUAGGAGCCUAAACCAUAGAGAGGAACUAGGACUGAUAGAGAGGAUCUAGAAACCAUAGAGGGGAACUAGGACCCAUAGAGAAGAUCUAGGAACAAUAUAUAGGAGCCAGAAACCAUAGAGAGGAACUAGGAACAAUAGAGAGGAAACAGGAACCAUGGAGAGAAACUAUGCCCCAUAGAAAAGAUCCAGAAGUUAUAGAAAAUAGCCAGGAACCAGAGAGAGGAGCCACAGAGUAAGUGAGGAACCAUCGAACGGCAACAGGAACCAUAGAGAGAAAUUAAAAGCAAAACCAUAGAGAAGAGCAAGGAAACAUACGGAGGAACUAGGAACCAUAGAGAGGUGCUGUCAGACUCAAUGAGACAUCAUGCAUAAUAUGUCAGAGGGGCAAGAGGUCACCAAGUCCUCUCCAGGAUUCAGGAAAAUAACAGAACUGGCUUAAUAAUAAAAUAUAACAUCCAGGACUGGCAGGUCAAUAUACCAUGGCCAUCUAUUUUAUCAUUCACUAAUCUGCAAUAAAUAUAUCUGUAAUAUAUAAAUAGUAUGGAGACUGCCCUCGAAAAUUCACAUCAUUCUGAUCUAAAAUACACAUUUUAACAAAAAUCAAGUCAGCAAAGUAUGUAUAUUAUAUUUUUCUGCUAACAUUGACCUUUAUAUUCAGAGUAAACACUGACUCCAGCAGGUAAAAUAAUGUCAUUAAAGCAGGAAUUGUACAGAAGGUAAAGGUCUUUUACACCAGAAUAGCUGCACUGGUAACAUUCUCCAACCCAGAUAUUGUAUCAGUAACUAUUUUGGCUUAAGUAGUGCAAUUCCUCUCCUUUAUCAACUUCCCACAAUUCCCCUUUUGAACAAAGUUAGCAGUGAUCAGUAACCAGCCCAGCAGAUUGCCUUAAAGGUAACCACUAAACACCAUAAGCACUACAGCAGGCUCAGAGUCCUUCUUAAUCUCGCCAAGGAAUAUCCAAAAAGCAAGUCUCCCUGGGCGAGAUAAGCUAUUACCAUCUGUAAUGUGACCGGUAAAAAUAUACCAUGUGGCUAUCAGACACAAGCUGCAAUGAGAGAAAGGGUUUCUGGAUAAAAAGUCUUGGGCUCACUUUUUCGGCUGCAUUUUUGGCACUUUUCCCGUUUGUGCCAACGCAUUUUCUUAUUUACAAGACAAAAUAUACAAAAAGUAUAUAGUUGUGUAGGCGCUUCCAACCUUAAAUGCAAACAAUAUGAGUGAGUGUGAAAAAAGGUGUAAUCCCUUAACACCCAAAGACAAAAUAGAAAGAUAAAUAGAUUUCAUUAUUAUUACCAGUAUAUAUAGCAUAUAUGCUGGUGGAGCAUUACCUAUUGUAGUUUGUUAAAGAGUUGGCGCCUGAAAUAAAUGGAAUAUAUAAAGUUAUAGCUGUGAGCUGGAAUAGUGUUUGGCGUAAUAUCACGUUUCGAUAGAUUUCGUUGAAGAAUCGAGGUUCAUUAGAUAGGCCAUUGAAAUAAAAUAUAUAAUAAUCAGUAAUAUUGCAUCAAGAAUAUGGCUGUACCAGUAGUGGAACAUAGUCAAUAAGACGCCAGAAAGUUCCACAGAGCAGUCCAGUAAACUGACUUCUAUUGGGACUUUUUUCGCGUAUUUUCUUAUUGUUUAUGUAUUGUAGUGUUCCACCGUUUUUCUUUAAAGUUUUGGCCAUAUUUAUGUGCAAUACUGUAUUAUAUUUCAUGAUUAUACCUGCCUUGUCCCUAGUUAUUUCAACACAUUUCAAUAUUUUAUUUCAAUAAAUUUGUAUCUACAUCUAUUACUGUGGACCCCGAAGUUCUUCCAACAGGAAUCUAUCGAGCCUGAAUAGGCACCCAAGAGUGAUGUGCAUAGAGCCUAUGAGGCUCCACCUUUGUGAGUUCAAUCCACAUAUAUUAUAACUUGUUUAUUUUAAUCUAUAUGGAAAGCACUAUGUAUGUUCCAUUUGUUUUUCAGAUGUAACCAACAUACUUACGUCUACAAUAGGUGGUAUACCUAUUUAUGUAUAUAUCUUGUAUAUACUUUUUUUUGAGUGUGUGUGAAUCUAUCUAUUUAUCUUGCAUUUUCUUAUUUGCUCCAAAAUAUUCCUAUCUGUGCCUAUUCUGUCAUUUGAGAUUUUUCUUCCCUUUUGGUUCUCUUUAUGUAGCUUUGCAAAUUAGUUGCUUCCCAUCUAUAAAAUAAGGGUGCAAAUAUGCACCUUAACAAAAAUCCUUUUAAAAAAUAUAAAAUGUCAAAUUCAUCUCCCCCCCCCCCCUAGUAAUAUUGUAUCAGUUAUCUUAUUUUGUGAAUAUAAUAAAUGGUAAAAUUGUCAGAAAAAAAUAAUAUUCUGAAAAGGUAAUAAAAAGUGGCUACAAAAUUUUUAUUAUUUAUGCAUUACAGAAAAGGCAGGAAAAAGUCGCCACUAUGUAAAUGGUGGGGUUAUAGUUUUAUAAAUAAGAAAAUGGCACAUUUGCACAAAACUAACGUAAACGUGAAUGCAAACGUGACAGUUUUCAUACAUAAACCCCGUCAUUUCUGAGGGUAUGAUAUAUUAUGUGUUAUGUCUAUACCAGGCACAACCUCCGUCCCAACGCGAGCUGCCCCAGUCUCAAUCUCUGAAGAUGUGGCUUCCUCAGGAAUAAGUGAGGCCCCUGGAGUCCUCACCACUGCAGUUGGUGGAGCCUUCUCUUUACCUCCUCCAAUCAGCACACUUACUCCACCAUCACCUGCCCCCACUGGGGGUCCUGGACCCUCGCCUGAUGGAGAGGAAGAGACUACCACCACAUUGAUCACCACCACAACCGUGACUACAGUACAUAGUCCAGGUAAGAGAACAAUUGACUGACAGCUUACCAGCAUACUCAUUGUAAAUAGAAUGUACCUGUAUAACGUCAGAAAAUAAGGUACUGUACAUGUGUAUUGACUGUAUUUAACUUAAUGCAUUCAUAUACUGACUGUAGCUAGAACGAUGCAUGUUACUGAUUGCAUAUUUAUUUCAAAUGUGUAACUGACUGUAUGUAUAUUGAAUGUGUAUACUGACUGUAUGUGUAUAUAAACACAUAUAUGUUCAUACUGAAUAUAAAACUCUCAAUGUGUGCUGACUAUAGGUGUAUCUUGAUACACUGAAGGUCAGUUACACCUACCGUCAGCUACACACCUGUAUAUUGACAAUGGACAACGUAUAACUGACUGUAUGUGAAUAAUGACAAUGUUUAAUUGACUGUAUGUGUAUAGUGACAAUGUUUAACUGACUGUAUGUGUAUAGUGACAAUGUUUAACUGACUGUAUGUGUAUACUGACCGUGUGUAACUGACUAUGUGUAUACUGACAGUGUGUAACUGACUGUAUACUGACAAUGUGUCACUGACUGUAUGUGUAUACUGACAACGUGUAACUGACUGCAUACUGACAAUGUGUCACUGACUGUAUGUGUAUACUGACAGUGUGUAACUGACUAUGUGUAUACUGACAGUGUGUAACUGACUGUAUACUGACAAUGUGUCACUGACUGUAUGUGUAUACUGACAACGUGUAACUGACUGUAUGUGAAUACUGACAACGUGUCACUGACUGUAUAAUGACAAUGUGUCACUGACUGUAUGUGUAUACUGACAAAGUGUAAAUGACUGUAUGUGAAUACUGACAACGUGUCACUGACUGUAUGUGUAUACUGACAAUGUGUAACUGAGUGUAUGUGUAUACUGACAGUGUGUCACUGACUGUAUGUGAAUACUGACAGUGUGUAACUAACUGUAUGUGUAUACUGACAAUGUGUAACUGACUGUAUGUAUAUACUGACAGUGUGUCACUGACUCUAUGUGUAUACUGACAACGUGUAACUAACUGUAUGUGUAUACUGACAGUGUGUCACUGACUGUAUGUGAAUACUGACAACGUGUAACUGAUUGUAUGUGUAUACUGACAACGUGUAACUGACUGCAUGUGAAUACUGACAGUGUGUAACUGAUUGUAUGUGUAUACUGACAGUGUGUAACUGACUGUAUGUGUAUACUGACAACGUGUAACUGACUGUAUGUGUAUACUGACAACGUGUAACUGACUGUAUGUGUAUACUGACAACGUGUAACUGAUUGUAUGUGUAUACUGACAACGUGUAACUGACUGCAUGUGAAUACUGACAGUGUGUAACUGACUGUAUGUGAAUACUGACAACGUGUAACUGACUGUAUGUGAAUACUGACAACGUGUAACUGACUGUAUGUGUAUACUGACAAUGUGUAACUGGCUGUAUGUGUAUACUGACAGUGUGUAACUGAUUGUAUAUGUAUACUGACAACGUGUAACUGACUGCAUGUGAAUACUGACAGUGUGUAACUGACUGCAUGUGAAUACUGACAGUGUGUAACUGACUGUAUGUGAAUACUGACAACGUGUAACUGACUGUAUGUGUAUACUGACAGUGUGUAACUGACUGUAUACUGACAAUGUGUCACUGACUGUAUGUGUAUACUGACAACGUGUAACUGACUGUAUGUGAAUACUGACAACGUGUCACUGACUGUAUACUGACAAUGUGUCACUGACUGUAUGUGUAUACUGACAAAGUGUAAAUGACUGUAUGUGAAUACUGACAACGUGUCACUGACUGUAUGUGUAUACUGACAAUGUGUAACUAACUGUAUGUGUAUACUGACAAUGUGUAACUGAGUGUAUGUGUAUACUGACAGUGUGUCACUGACUGUAUGUGAAUACUGACAGUGUGUAACUAACUGUAUGUGUAUACUGACAAUGUGUAACUGACUGUAUGUAUAUACUGACAGUGUGUCACUGACUCUAUGUGUAUACUGACAACGUGUAACUAACUGUAUGUGUAUACUGACAACGUGUCACUGACUGUAUGUGAAUACUGACAACGUGUAACUGAUUGUAUGUGUAUACUGACAACGUGUAACUGACUGCAUGUGAAUACUGACAGUGUGUAACUGAUUGUAUGUGUAUACUGACAGUGUGUAACUGACUGUAUGUGUAUACUGACAAUGUGUAACUGACUGUAUGUGUAUACUGACAACGUGUAACUGACUGUAUGUGUAUACUGACAACGUGUAACUGAUUGUAUGUGUAUACUGACAACGUGUAACUGACUGCAUGUGAAUACUGACAGUGUGUAACUGACUGUAUGUGAAUACUGACAACGUGUAACUGACUGUAUGUGAAUACUGACAACGUGUAACUGACUGUAUGUGUAUACUGACAAUGUGUAACUGGCUGUAUGUGUAUACUGACAGUGUGUAACUGAUUGUAUGUGUAUACUGACAACGUGUAACUGACUGCAUGUGAAUACUGACAGUGUGUAACUGACUGCAUGUGAAUACUGACAGUGUGUAACUGACUGUAUGUGAAUACUGACAACGUGUAACUGACUGUAUGUGUAUACUGACAAUGUGUAACUUACUAAUGUUUUAUCUUCCUCUAGUUCUCUGUAAUAACAAUAUAUCAGAAUCAGAGGGGGUGCUUGAGGCCCCGGAUUAUGCUGGUGGAUCCUUUUUUGGGGGUCUUGACUGUACAUACAGCGUGUCUGUAUAUCUGGGAUAUGGAGUGGAGAUACGGGUAAGUAGAUUAGGGUCUGGGAAAUGACGUACAUACUUGUCUAGGUUGGAAAAAUAAUAAAGUCCUUUAAGUUCAAAGUGAUAAAGAGGAGCAGUUAGAAUAGAGAGAGGUCGUAUCAAACCCAGAAUGGAUGGGACACACCUGUGUAGAAAUCAGACUCUCUGCGCCCCUGGAAUAUGGGAAGGUAUUAUUGUGUAAUGUAAAAUAUAAGGUUUCCUAUUGUCUCUUUUUUCUGAAUUCCCUCUGCCUAUACACAUAGCUCUCAUUCUGGUCCAAUAUACAAAUAUUGAUGGCAGCUCUUAUCUAAUUCGAUCAUCUAUAACUUAUAUUUGGUCUUAAAUAAAGAAUUUAAAAAUAAAAAUCGGACUAGGCAAAAAAAACAAAACACAAAAAAACCCAAAAACAAACCCCACUCUCUCUGAUUUUAGGGUUAACCCCAGCAAAAACCUGGACUACCAGAGGUUUAGGGAUAUCACUAGUGGGAUUCCUGUCAUAUAAUUUGCUCAAAAAGCCAAUCAGAAGGCAAUAGAUUAAAUGGGUUAUUUAAUACAAUGACAAAGAGCAGAGUGUCUAGCCCCAUUGAUCUUACUCAGUGUAGCUGCGCAUGUCACAGAGUCCACAGAACAGAGACAUUCCACUGAUUCACUUACUGGGGAAACACGCCAACCGUGGGCUGAAAAUAGCCCGACUGGAAUAAUUCUCCAAUCCUGUUUUUGUAGUUUGGCUGCUGUAUCUUUCACACAAUGUUAACAAAACCUAACUGCUUUACCCUUUAUGGGGAGGGAGAGAGGUAUAUCUCUCGAUGUUAUGGGAGAGACUUUACACAGUUUAGUAAAUUGUAUGUGGAUGGUCAGAUAACCAGCUGUUAAAUAACUUAUGGUGACGUGCAAGUCAUUCAACUGGCAGAGCAUCGUUUGGGUUCUAGUCUCCAGUCUUCCCUUUUCCCAGCCCUGGUUUAGUACAUGGGUGCUACAGUACAACACAAGACCUAUACAGGUGUCUUUAUGGUGAGAUGUUGUAUUUACACAGCCCUGUAGUUAAAAGGAAGGGUAGGCGUAGUGGGUGGGGUUAAACUGUUCAUGAGCUUCUCCCUGUGUGCAUCAUAGGUGGAGAAGUUGAACCUGUCUAAGGACGAAGUUCUGAGUGUGGAGGGACUCGAAGAAGACCGCCGCUUCCUUCUGGCCAAUGAAACGCUAAUGGCUGAGGGCCAGGUGAUCCGCAGCCCAACCAAUCAUAUAUCAGUGCGCUUCCAAACUUAUCGUACCACCAACCCAGGGGCCUUUAAACUCCGUUACCAAGGUAAUGGGGCAAAAAUGUGUAUUAUACACAAAGCAUGCCGACCACAUUAAAACACACACAGAGCCAUGUCUCUUGUAUUGUGAUUACUGCUCUCUGUAUUGAAUACAUUGACAGACACAUGAUGAUUAAACAUUUUUCCAUCUUGUAGCGUUUGUCCUGAGCUGUGUAUUUCCCGCACGGCCAGAGAAUGGGGAGGUAACCGUCACAGACCUGCACCCUGGGGGUGCAGCCAAUUUUCGCUGUGCCCCUGGUUUUACACUAAAAGGUGGGAAUUCAUUGGUCUGCCUCAAUAUCACCCGACCGCAGUGGAGUGGGAACCCACCUGUGUGUGCAGGUGAGCUGGAUACAUAAACGAUACCAUACAUAUCAUCACAUUCUAUUUUUAAAAAGGGGCUUAUUAACUAAACUAUGAAAUGUGGAGAUUUGUUAAGGAAAUUGUACAUUUAAUGCCACAAUAGCUGAGCUACAGAAUGGUAGUCUUUCCAAUAUGGAUAAUUUUACCUAAACUGUGCAAUUCUCUGUGUAAAAGUGAGAAAAGUAGUUAUUAUCUACAACAUGCUAGUGGAAACCAUUCUAGCACAUACGGUAUAUUGCUCCAACCAGAGAGAUGAUUGAUUACUGAAAUUCAUUUCGAUCAUUUUAUUGUGCUUCAGUUAUCUCUACUGAACGAAAAGUUCCAAUGGAAGGAAAGUCACCAUAGCAAUAAAAAUAAAAUCAGAACUGCAACUUUUUGUUCUCUUGCAUAGAGCCGUUUACGUAACAGGGUUAAUUUAUAAAAUCUCUGGUGAAAUUUGCACUUUUUGUAAAAGUAAAAAAAAGGUCACAGCUCAACUGUUUCAGUUUUGUGGAGUGUCCUUUUAAAACAAUCUCCAAAAUGAUGGUUCCUUGGGAUUUAGAAGUUUUGAGAUUUUGGGGUGCAUUAAAUCAACGAGGGAUAAAUCUCUGGGUAUCUUUUCUUAGCAUCCUGCGGAGGAAUCAUUCGAAAUGCCACAGUGGGGCGCAUUGUAUCGCCUGAUGUUUCUGGUAACCAUGGAAACAAUCUUAGCUGCCACUGGCUGAUUGAGGCGGCAGAGGGACAGCGGCUUCACCUGCAUUUUGAGAGGGUGUCAUUGGAUGAAGAUAAUGACAGGUAGGUGGCUAAUACUUUGGAGGGGUGUAUCUAUGUUAUGGCCCUGUCUUUAUUUCCCUAACUUGUUCUCUGUCUCCCCCUGCAGGCUGGUGGUUCGCUCAGGGAGCUCACCAUUAUCGCCACUGGCGUAUGAUUCGGAUAUAGAUGACGCCCCAGAGAGAGGUCUUCUGAGCGACGCACAGUCCUUUUACAUUGAACUUGUCUCGGAGAAUGCCGUCGUCCCAUUACUUCUCAGCUUACGCUAUGAAGGUGACCGUCUCUAAUAUUGCUUUCUAACUCCCUGUUUCACAAUUAUAUUCUGUCAUUUCUCAGUGCCCUCGUAUUGUUACCCUAUCUCGGUGCUCUAUCUCCAGGUUACCUUGUAGUCUUAUCCCUGUCUCGGUGCUCUAUCUCUGGGUUACCUUGUAGUCUUAUCCCUGUCUCGGUGCUCUAUCUCUGGGUUACCUUGUAGUGUUAUCCCUGUCUCUGUGCUCUAUCUUUGGGUCUCCUUGUAGUGCUAUAAUAAAUCUUUAUGUGCUAGCUUGUAAUGUUAUCACUCUCUAUGUGCUAGCUUGUAAUGUUAUCACUCUGUAUGUGUUCGCUUGUAAUGUUAUCACUUUCUAUGUGCUCGUCUGUAAUGUUAUUACUCUUUAGCUAGCUUGCUGUAAUACGUGCUCAUUCUCUGACUCUAUGCUUUAGAUCACUAUCUAGCUAGCAGCAGUUAGUGCUCUUUCCCUGAUUUUAUGGUCUGCGGUCACUCUUCUCUGCAGUAUUUAGCAGUGUCCUGGCCACAUGAUACCGUUUUCUUUCUCUUGCAGUUUUCUCCGAGUCUCGUUGCUAUGAGCCAUUCCUGGCCCAUGGAAAUUUUAGCACCACGGAUCCACUUUUUGGUCCUGGGGCGCUGGUGUCAUUCUCCUGCAAUGCAGGCUACAUGCUGGAGCAGGGUCCACCUGUGAUAGAGUGCGUUGAUCCCGCCGAUCCUCACUGGAACGAGAGCGAGCCUGUGUGCAAAGGUAAGAGCCCGUGGUACAAACUAUCUGGAUUAAAUCUGUAGCAGUAGGAGAUUACUACUGGAGACUCUGUGUCCUUGGUCUGCGAGCGGCUGGGUCUGAUUAUUGUCCAAAGCAGGACAGGAAUGACUGGCAGGAGCAGAUGGGGUUACAGAAUGCUGAACGUGGAGAAAUUACCCUAGAUACAAGAGAGGAUAGAUGUGUAUUAAGCAUAGCCUUGUACCUCCAGGGAGGGGAAAUACAGAGACAGAACUCAUAACCUAAAACGAGCUUGGUGUCAGGGAGUCACAGACAACACAAACAUGGGUUAGGGCAGUCAAACUAUUGUACCCCCCAACUCCCCUGGGUGCAGCGGGACAGUCCUACAAUCGGACUCCGGAGACAAGUCUGCAUGAAGCCCAGCUAGAACCUGCCCAUCCUUGAACCCUCUCACACUAAGCUAACUGAUCUCAGCAGGGAGCCCAUACAAGAGCUCUUCCAUAGCUCACUGUGCGUGGCCUCCGCAGAGCGAGGGCUGAGUGCCCUCCAGGAUGUCACACCCUUUUGGGCAGGCUUUCUCCCUUUUCUGAUCAGUUUGUCAUCGUUGCAUCACUGACUUGUCCUGUGCUCAUAACUGCUGGUAUUAAAAGGUAUAAAUAACAGAACCGUCAGAAAAUAUGGAUUAAUGGAGGUUUGCGAAAGAUUGCAGAUCAAAAUAACAAAAAUUACAAAAAUACUUUCAAACUAUUGCAUAGAAAUGGCUUUCAUAUGAAGAUAAAAACAAUGAACGAGGUCACGUAAAAAACAUUUCAUUGCGUAAUGUGACCUGAAUGACUCUCUCAUCUGGUUUUAUCUCCGAGAUUGUCGUCAUCUCAUCUCAAACUGUGACCUCUUGCCCUGUUCCUACAAAAAGUGCCCCACGCGUUUCGCGACUUAAUUACGGAGCAGUAAAUUUGAAUGUGCAGCUCUGGGAAAUAUCGCUGCAUGCACUAGUUGCCAUGGGAACUAAUGUGGGGCAUGGUUUUAACUCUUGACUGUUCUAAAUCACAGGAAACAGUCUUGUUAAAUGCAAAUUAGAAAAUGCUGGAUAUUCAGAAUAAUGUAAAUACAUAGGUUAAAAAUUCCAUUAUUUAUAGGGGAUUUGAUAUUUGGGAAUAUCAGGUCCAAUAUCAAUGCCUUAAACGUUAUAAUAUCUGUUAAUAAGUCCUUACUUAUGUUUUGUUUUUUCAGUGUAAUUAAGGACUUAUUAAUAGAUAUUAUGGCGAUUAAGCUACUAAUACUGGACUUUAUAUUUGAGAUUUGUGUUAAUACACCUGCAGCAAAAUUCAGAUGGUGAGAUUUCCUCCUUGUCAGACCAGGCGGUUUCUCUUUACUGGUACUUGGGAAAAAACCACAGAAGCAUGCAACAGAUAUAAAGAAUAACAAGAAUAGGAAGCGAUCCCAUACAUUUCUUAAAGGGACACUAUGAACACUAUAAUUGUAAAAAAAUCUUUGAAGUGUUUAUAGUGUCUGGAGCCCCUGGCACCAUUCCUCCGCACAUUGUUAAGCCAUUUUUGAAUGGUAUAAUACUGAAUGAGAGUUCCUCUGUGCUGCACUGGUUAUAACUGCGUGGAACCUACUAUACUGGACAAUUACUGCUUGCAGUUACAUUAAUGAGAAGAAAGCUGUAAGGGACACAGAGCAAUCACAGAGAAACUCUGCUCUAUGGGAGGAUCCUACGCUCGUUACCUCACAUGUCAUUAUAUAACAGGAGUAUAACAUGAGUAUAUCAAACCCAUCCCACCCGCUAGGGCAGCACAGAAACAAAAUGGCAGCCCGUCCUCACUGACUCCAGACAGGUGUUUCAACCUUCAUCAGUCCUCAUCGGUGAGGUGCGGCCAGUGCCGCUCUAAGCGCAGUAAGCAUGGGAUCCUUGAAAACUCUAAAAAUAUACAAAGAAAACGAAACAGAAUCUAUGAAACAAACCCAGAAAACAGACACAUUAACAAUUAGGGUUUGUUCUAGAGUUGUAUCUGCUGCACCCACUGGGGGCGCCGUCGUCUAGCGGCAAUCUGUGUCAAUUCCUUAGUAUUGUUUUGUCUUUCCUGGCAGCACUGUGCGGUGGGGAGAUUUCUGAGCCCGCAGGUAUGAUCCUCUCUCCAGACUGGCCGCAGAAUUAUGGGAAAGGUCAGGACUGCGUGUGGGGCAUCCAUGUACAAGAGGACCGGAGAGUGCUGCUGGAGAUCGAGAUGUGAGAUCGCUUCACAAAUAGCAGAUAUACAAAUAUAUAUAUAAUAUACAGAGUAACAUAUAUAUAACAUACAUACAGCAAUAUAUAUAUAACGUUUAGAGCAACAAUGAGAAUGCUACAAAUAGGAGACAUAACUCGUUUUUUGUUUAAAGAAAGAAUACACAUAUAUAAUUUUUAUAACGGACAUACAAGUAUAUAUAUUAAUACACACAGUGAUUUAAUAAUGUCAAGACAUGGAUUUUAUAAACAUGCUCUAUAUGACUUGAGUAUUCCGUUUAGCUUUUCACCAUGACAUUUGAGCCUUCCUGGUCCGUUUGUAACAAGCACUGUUUAAAGAAUUACUCAGAGAUUAUUCUAAACUGAUAACUGUGUGUAAUUGGUUUUAAAAAUUGAAUUCUCUCAUCCGUGUAUCAGAAAGGGGGAACAUGCUCCAAUGCAGCUAUUCUUUCUGCCGGGCUCUGUAGGCCGGCAUUGGUAAUUCCUUUGUCCCAUUUAGGCUCAGGCACUAUGCAAUGAAUUAUGGGGAACUGAAAACAUAAUUAUCCAACGUGUCUGUUGCAGAGUUUUAAUUUUUUUUUCCAAAUCAUCUAUUUUGGCCUAAAUCUUGCAAUUUGGUUUCCAAUUAGUGAUAAUUCAUUACGUAGUGAAUACAUUGUGUAUUUUCCUACUCAGAAGUAAGGAGUGAGGACGCAGGUACAUAGUAAUCUGCUCUGUGUAAUUAUAGUGUAGCGGGUACUCCUAUCUGUAAUACAUGCAGAAACACGCUAACAAUACAUGUGGUAUAUCAGUAUACAGUAUGGCAAUACGUUUCUUUUUUUCCAUGUCACACAGUCUGAACAUACGGCGCAGUGACGCAUUGACAGUCUAUGAUGGCGAUGACCUCACUGCGCGAGUCCUCGGACAGUACAUGGGAGUUCAUCAGCGGUUCAACCUCUUCUCCUCCGCCAACGACGUCACGUUACAGUUCCAGUCUGACCCGAACGAUCCUGUGUUCAGUAUGAGCCAAGGAUUCAUCAUUCACUUCAAAGGUAUCAGGAGCUCCAUGACCAGCACUAUCCCCACUGCACCGGCUCCCACUAUACCGUGCCACCACUGUACCCUGUCUCCGACUGCACCCUGCCACCACUGUACCCUGUCUCCGACUGCACCCUGCCACCACUGCACCGUCUUCUUCUAUACCCAGUCAUCACUGCACCGCCCCCACUAUACCCUGCCACCACUGCACCAUCUUCUACUUUACCCUACCUUCACUGCACCAUAUUCCACUAUACCGUGCCACCACUGUACCCUAUCUGCAACUGCACCCUGCCACCACUGUACCCUGUCUCCGACUGUACCCUGCCACCACUGCACUGUCUUCUACUAUACCCUGACAUCACUGCACCACCUCCCAUUAUACCCUGCCAUCACUGCACCGCCCCCCACUAUACCCUGCCAUCACUGCACCGCCCACUAUACCCUGCCAUCAUUGCACCACCCCCACUAUACCCUGCCAUCACUGCACCGUCUCCACUAUACCCUGCCAUCAUUGCACCGCCCAUUAUCCCCUGCCAUCAUUGCACCUCCCCACUAUACCCUGCCAUCAUUGCACUAUACCCUGCCAUCAUUGCACCAUGCCAUCAUUGCACCACCCCCACUAUACCCUGCCAUCACUGCACAUAUAGUCUCCCACUAUACCCUGCCAUCAUUGCACUGCCCCCCAUUAUACCCUGCCAUCAUUGCACCGCCCCCACUAUACCCUGCCAUCAAUGGACCGCCCCCCAUUAUACCCUGCCAUCACUGCACCGUCUCCCACUAUACCCUGCCAUCAUUGCACCGCCCCCCACUACACCCUGCCAUUACUGCACCGCCCCCCACUAUACCCUGCCAUUACUGCACCGCCCCCCAUUAUAUCCUGCCAUCACUGCACUGCCCCCAACUAUACCGUGCCACCACUGUACCCUGUCUCCAGCUGCACCCUGAAACCACUGCACCGUCUCCCACUACAUCCUACCAUCACUGCAUCGUCGCCCACUAUACCGUGCCACCACUGUACCCUGUCUCCAGCUGCAUCCUGCCACCACUGCACCGUCUCCCACUAUAUCCUACCGUCACUGCGCCGUCUCCCACUAUAUCCUGCCAUCACUGCACUGCCCCCACUAUACCCAGUCUCCCUCUGCACCUUGUCUCCCACUGAACCCAGCCUCCCACUACACCGAAUCUCUCAUUGUACCAUCUCCCACUGCAACCUGUCUUGCACUGUGUAACGGAUCACCUGGCACCUCGACUGGGUACCUCCGUUGAAGGAUGCUCCUAGCGCUUCCUGAGGACUCCAAGCACUGUAGCAGACACCACAACCACCGAACCGGAGAAGCAUACGAAUGCUCCCAAGCAUAUGAAUGCUAUAAGCAGCUGAACAGGAAAAGCAUACAAUCAGCUUACACUCCUGGCAAUCAGCAUACAAUCCAAUUCCCCCAAUAACGAGACAACACUUCGUUUUGAGGUCAAGCAGAACUGACUGUACUGGCACAUACAGCCUCUUUUAUUCACAAUCCACAAACUUAGUACUGCCCACAGGGUUUUACAGAACAACCAAUAACACACGUACAUUACAGAAAACACUCCCAGCAAUUAUACACAAAAUCCUCCCCUCUGCCUGUGAUCUAAUUAUGGUACACAAUGGGUUAACAUAAUUAUCACAAGCAGGAAAAAUACAGUUUUUAUACAUGCCCUGCCAUCACUGCACCGUCUCCCACUAUACCCUGCCAUCAUUGCACUGCCCCCCAUUAUACCCUGCCAUCACUGCACCGUCUCCCACUAUACCCUGCCAUCACUGCACGUCUCCCACUAUACCCUGCCAUCAUUGCACCACCCCCCACUAUACCCUGCCAUCACUGCACCGUCUCCCACUAUACCCUGCCAUUAUUGCACCGCCCCCCAUUAUAACCUGCCAUCACUGCACCGUCUCCCACUAUACCCUGCCAUCAUUGCACCGCCCCCCAUUAUACCCUGCCAUCACUGCACCGUCUCCCACUAUACCCUGCCAUCAUUGCACCGCCCCCCAUUAUACCCUGCCAUCACUGCACCAUCUCCCACUAUACCCUGCCAUCACUGCACCGUCUCCCACUAUACCCUGUCAUCACUGCACCGUCUCCCACUAUACCCUGCCAUCAUUAAAAUAUAACUUUUAAUGGAUAUACUAAAAUGAAAAAGUGUAAAAGAUAAAAAAACAAAAAGCACAAGGCUAAAUCAAUGUCCUAUAAACUGGCUAAGGCACUGCACCCUCCAAUAGGGGAAAUAGCAAGGAAAGUAUCAAUACAAAGAAAUAAGAUACUUAAUAGUAUAGAAAUGUAACACUUGCUAUAAACAGUGUGGCUAAAGUAAUAGAGGAGACUGUACAGUGCUUGUAUCCUCUAGACUCCUCCUGCAGGACAGAGUCUGCUGGAUAUGAAAGAAAUGCCUCUUGUGCUCAAGUAGUUAGACAGCACACCAAUAUGGUUGCAAAACUACUGCACUAGUGGUGAAGAGGCAGAGGAUGCCUGUGAACUAGGAGGUAUAAGAGGCAGUGAACAGCUAGGAUUUGUGGUAGCAAUCGAUAGAAAUAUAGAGAAUUGAAAAAUCCUAACGCUGGCUUUGAUAAAGAGUCUAAGUGCCUUCGAGGGCACCCUUUAAUAAAUGCCUAUACUGCUUCACUUAACUCCCCAUAGAGAAAUAGUAGACAGAGUAUAGGACUAAGAGAACAGAUGCCUAGCUAUAAGAGCAGGUUCGCUGGUGAGUAAGUGCAGCAGCAGAGGUAUAGCUAGCUAGGCGUCUUGAGCCCCUGACGCGUGCGUUUAUAACUUUAAAAAUAUACGUCCAAUCUUCAUAAAUAUUACAUAUUCAGAAUCAGCACACUUUAAACAUAAACACUCUCAAAAAUCAGACAAAUCCAUCCAGGGGUUAAAAAGUUAGCUGGGAGUCCUUUAUGACCGACCGCAAGCACAUUUUCCUGCCCAAAACAGUUCCAUAGAUUUGGGCUGUGCGGUCGGUCGAUUUUACACAGAAAAAUGACUAAGUCCCAUUCGAAUACACGAACGUUACCGUUCGUGCAUUUAGCUUAGUAUAGCAGUGAGUUCAAACUGCCGAAUGGGACUUAGUCUCUGCAGCUGAAAACUGAGUGUAGGAGAAGGUAAGGGUCAGCGGUGUUCGCUGAAAUGUGUAGCCGAUUUCAGUUCCAUGGAUUUGGCUACACAUACCGCUGACCUCGUUCGAAUGAACAAAGAUGGCUGCCGCCACCACGUGUUCGUUUGUCGAAUGGCGGCCACUUCGACUACUUCGGCUGCAUCCGAAGUGCCAAUUUAAAGCUGCAGAACUGCUCCAAUACAAUUUAAAGGGGCAGCAAGUCUUUUAAGAUCCAAUCUGCUAAAAUAGUCUUUAACAAGCAAUAUCUUCCAACGGGCAUUGUUCCCAAAAGUCACAGUAUGUCCCCAGAUGGUUCUUAAAGGGCCAGCAGCAGCAUAAUAAAAUACAAUAUGCCCAAAUACUGUAUUUAAAGGGCCAAAUCUCCCAGGGGCCAUAGUCAGCAGGCAGGAGGCGGGCAAACAGGCUUCUCCAAUGCCCAGUGGCGAGGUUGGUUUCGCCACACACUGCACUCAGUCUCCCACUGAACCCAGCCUCCCACAAAACCAUCUCCCACUAUACCCUGUCUCCCAAUGUACCACCUUCCACUGCACCCUGAACCCUGUGUCUGAUUGUGCCCAGUGCCCACUGCACCCUAUCCCCCACUAUACUUUGUCUCCCAUUGCACCCUGUCUUCAGUUACACCCUGUCACCCACCAGCUGCCCCCUUUCUGCCUUUGUAUACAGUAACCCUUGUUAUGCCCUUGUAUUCUGUCACCAACCUCUUACUGUAUGAGCUUUCUCUUUCUAGAGGUGCCACGGAAUGACACCUGCCCAGCGCUCCCUGAAGUGGCGUCCGGCUGGAAGACAUCCUCGCACCCAGAUUUAAUUCGUGGCACAGUGGUGACCUAUCAGUGUGAGCCUGGGUAUGACAUCACUGGCUCAGAUAUCCUCACCUGCCAAUGGGAUUUGUCGUGGAGCAACGCCCCACCCACUUGCGAGAAAAGUAAGCCCUGCCCCUACAUGUCAGGAUAACCAUAUUUAGUCUCUUAUUAGCCAUUCCCCUGGCUUUCCUGGGGUUAUGGUUAUGACAUGUUAUUGGCAUGUUGUGUAACAAUAUGUCUGUUUCCUGUCUAGUCCUGAACUGUGCGGAUCCUGGCGAGAUCGGGAAUGGUGUGCGACAGGUUUCAGACCCACGGUUCCCCAUCAGCUCCCGCGUACAGUAUACGUGUAAUGAAGGCUAUACACUGGAGGGCAGUAAGACACUGACCUGCUAUAAUCGGGAUACUGGGACUCCCAAAUGGAGUGACCGCAUCCCCAAGUGUGUCUGUGAGUAUCACCUGUACAACGUUACUGUGCUUCUAUCCCUGGGCACAGCCCAAAGGUAGCCUUAUACUAAUUAUGACCCUCUAAAUAUAAUGCUACGUUAUCUGAAUGUUUCUAUCUUUCAAACAUCAUGCCUGGCAAUUUAUUAGAAUGGAUGAUGUACGGCUCAUCCAUAGCUGGUAGUUUACAAGUAGGAAAAUAACUAGCAUGGUAUCAAGAGUUGGUUAAGCUGUUCAUUCAACUUCCCCUUAAACAUCUGUAUCAUAAAAUAGCAAUAGAUGUAGCCUCCAAUAUCAGCCAUACCCAGAGGGUUUCACAUUUAUAAAUCAAGACUAGAUUUCUCCAAGUAAAUGGUUUAUUUUCUCCAAUCUGUUACAUAAGAAAAUGUGGACUUUAAGGCAUAUGUGAGAUUUGAUGAAGUAUGCUAAAGGUGUCUGGGGGAUCCACAAUGGGAUUCCAGGUUAGAAGUCUAAGAAUUCUUGGGUGUGUGGGAUUAUGGGAGAUAUCUGAUGUGAUAAUGGGGACAUGCUCUAGGAUUCUGGGAAUUACAGUGGGAAAAUGGCGUAGGGGCUAGUCAGUGGGUUCUGGAAGAUUUGCUGUAGAAUUCUGUGAGAUAGACUACUAUGUGGGUAAUCCGAUUAUUUGAGUUUUCCGUACCCAGUUACUUAAUAUUUCGCCCCUGUGAAGAGGCAGAGUGUUCAGACCCCCUACUAGCACGAAGGUCAAGGAAUAAAGAAAUGGUAGGGCGAUCCUUUAGUCCACGUUCCUAUAAUUAGGAACCCUAAUGCCUCCCUCCAUGCUGCUGUGGGCCGGUGAGGUAGAUCUUUGGUCUCCCCACCGGCCCAUGGAGGCUUAGAGCAGAGCCGGCACUCAGAUAGCGCCGGCUCUGUGUGUGUGUGUGUGUGUGUGUGUGUGUGUGUGUGUGUGUAUAUAUAUAUAUGCGUACACACACACACUGUCACAGACACAUUCAGACACACACACACACACUCACAGACACACAUUCACAGACACACACAUACACUCACAGACACACAUUCACAGACACACACACACACUCACACAUACACUCACAGACACACACACACACUCACAGACACACACACACAGACACACACUCACACACUCACACACAGACACACACACACAUUCACAGACACACACUCACACAGAGACAUUCACUCACACAUACACUCACAGACACACACUCACACACACAAGAACAAAUUAUUAUAUUUUAAUAAAAAAAAAAAUGUCCACCCAGCCUCCCUACCUGGAGUGCUGGAGUGGACUUUUCCCUGGGGUCCAGUGGGGCGGGCACCUGUCUGCAUCUCAGCCGCGGCGAGGAGCUGUCUGCUCUGUGCUUCCUCUCGCCGCGCGGGCUGUCUGCUGUAGCUGGGAGCCGGAAUAUGACGUCAUAUUCCGGCUCCCGGCAUCAGCGUGCGGCGAGAGGGAACAGAGAGCAGACAGCUCCCUCGCCGUGGCUGAGAUGCAGAGAGGGGGUUAUCCAUCACCUCUUGCCCUCCCCAUGACAAGGGCAAGAGGUGAGACAGGGGGCGCUGAGUGCCUGCAGGAACAGCGUUCCUGCUCAAAAAAAGUGCAGGAAGGCUGUUCCUGCAGGACUCAAACCAUAGGCGUGCCAUGGGGCCUAUGAUUUUUUUAUAGAUAAAACUGAACCCUGAGUUGUAAUGCACACAAUGGCCACUGAGUGUCGCUGUCGCUUUGAUUUAUUGUAACUGUAUCAUCUUUUUAGUGAAGUACGAACCCUGUCUGAACCCGGGGGUCCCAGAAAAUGGUUACCAGACCCUCUAUAAGCAUCAUUACCAGGCCGGUGAGGCGCUACGAUUCUUCUGCUAUGAAGGCUUUGAACUGAUUGGGGAGGUCACUAUUACCUGUGUACCCGGACACCCUUCCCAGUGGACCAGCCAACCCCCUCUCUGCAAAGGUGAGUGAGAAAGCGGCGUCCAGGUUCAGAAUGGCGCAUUUCACGCGAGGGGCGUGUGACAUCGGGUGAUCGGGUGCAGGUCUGAGCAUUCUUUCUUAUUUAGAGGAACACUCGAAAUACCCGAAGAGUCUGGACGGGGUUAGAAAGGGAGGGAUUGGGAAGGCUGCAGACAAGAGAUCAGCAGAUUUGCCAGCUGUUUUUAGAUAUACCUUCAAUGACAAAAUGCAUCAUUAAAUGCACGCACGUUUCAUUGUGGGUUCACUACUAUAAUUGGUGAAAACUAUUUUUUCUACUGGAGUGUUCCUUUAACAUUCACUAUAUUUGUAUGUUUAAUAUAACUGAAUACAAUUUGUGGUGCUCGUUUCUUACCGUUCCUCUCUAUUUUUCUCUGUACGGUUUCAUUAUGUUGAAAAAUAAAAAAUCUACUUUAAAAAUUCACUGUCAUUAUAGCACGUCGCAGUAAGCAGACUGUGGACGCUAUACACAGCAGUCUAGAAUUAGGGGUGUCAUUACAUUAACUGUUUCUGUAAUAACUUGGGGUAGAACAGUAUACCCUAUUCUAAGGAAAUCAAACACGUUUCUGUCUUGUACGUUUUAUGUUUAAAUGGACAGGGUACUAUGACAGCUUAUUGGCUUGUUUGAUUUCAAAUCUGUGUAUUAUUAGGUAUAUUAUGAUAGCUUAUUGUAUUAUUAAAACUCAGAGUUAUAUUACAGCUCAUUGCAUUAUAACAUGUUAUUGUUAUAUUACAGCCCGGUGUAUUAUUACAGCUUAUUCUGUUAUGAUAGCUCAGUGUAUUAUAACAGCUUAUUGCAUUAUUACAGCUCAUUGUCAGCUAUGAUAUACUGAGCUGCAGUGGCUAUACUGGUUAGUAUCCCUUUACAUAGAAUAGACAUUGUAUCCUUUAGAUUGUAAGCUCUAAGACAAUCUAGCUAAGCACUUUGUAUAAAAGAGCUCCAAUGGCUAGUUAUCAGCUUACGGGCAUGGCUCUCUCGACCUCUUGUAUUUGUCCGUGUAUCUUGUCCGUUCUCCACUAAUUGUACAGCGCUGCGGAAUCUGUUGGCGCUUUAUAAAUACCAGUAAUAAAUUAAUAAAUAAAAAAUAAAUGGCCUGUUCCCAAAGCUUAGGAUAGAGCUGGUAUUUUUUUUAAAUUCCUAAUUAAUCAUUUAGUGAAAUAAUUCAGGAUUUGUAUAGUUAUAAUAUAAAAAUCAAAAUUCAGCAGUGGUGGAGAAAAGUUUCCAAUUCCAGUCACAGAUUGGGAUUUUUCUUGCGGUUUUUGCUCAGUAAUCCUAGUUCUGUAUGUUGUAUCAUUUGGGACCAUUGGGAUGUAUUUACUAAAUAUUAAUGGAAAACAUAGGCUCAAAUACCCAACAUGUGACUGUAGAUGAGUUGGAGAAAUUGCCUAAAUUCUGGGAUUUUUCGAUCCAUUUUAAUGUCUGGUUGUGGGAAUAUUGUGGCCUGACUGCAUCUCUCGUUUCCUUGCAGUCGCUUACGAAGAGCUGCUUGACGACAGGAAGCUGGAAGGUUUGCCUAAUUAACAGCGGAUCAUCUGUAAAAAUGACACUUUCAUUGGACAUUCAUAUUAACAGCAAUGUCACCAUAACUAUAUCCUCAUUAAAGCCCGCCACCUAUCACAUUUCAUUAGUUACUGUUGUUCAGACAUCACUUCCCGUGGGCUGUAUCAUCACUUCUUGCCACGUCCACCAAACUCGAUCACUUCCUGCCACCACAUUAAACAUCACGCCCUCCCCAUCUCAGAGGUUCGUGAUCCGCAUUACAGCCUAUUGGGUGCCGGAGAGAGCCAGGAUGCCUGUGAUUGGCUCAAUAACUUACUUGUUUUCUUUAUUUGCUACAGUUACCCAGACAACAGACCCCUCCCACCAGAUGGAAGGUGGGAAUAUUGCGCUGGCGAUCUUCCUGCCCAUCAUAUUGGUCAUACUUCUGAUUGGCGGAAUUUACAUCUACUACACUAAGUGAGUUGGCCAAUGGGAAUUGGAACAUAUGUAAGAUGGCAUUUUAUACAUCUGGAAAGUAAAUCAAUUAUAGUGCGGGUCAAAUAAGAGAAUUCCAAGAAAUGGAUAAUUUAACCAAAAAAAUGGCACAUUCCAGGAACAAUUAUAUUCUUUAAGAUAUCGAAUACAAAUCUUAUAUUACAAAUAAAAUAGCCAUAAAGUCUAUUUGUAAGAAGGAUAGGCCUCAUGGUGGCAUUAAUGAGGCCUAUCCCAGCUUCACUUUAGGAAUAACUUCUGCUUUCUGCUCCUCGGAUUGCGGGGUGCACAUAGAGGGACCCCUUAUUGUCCCAAUAAAACAGGAAGCAGCAGUGAGUGAACUCAGAUCUGCGCUAGGAACACCAGACUGUUUCCAGGGUUAACAAGGUUCGAUCUUAAACCAAAACUUGGAGAGAGUGAUGCAAUUCCGUCAUUGGAAGGGAGAGGAGAGAAAAGGGAAAAAUAUAUAAACCAAAAAUAUACUGUAAUGGACCUCCUGGCACCCCGACUGGGUACCUCCGUCAAUCGCUGCUUCCUAGUAAUCCUCGAGUACCAUAAGCACCGCACACCAUAACCAUUGUAAACACACAAACCGCUACAGCUUGUUUGGGGUCUCGCUAUCCUCCACCCAUCCUAGACCCAAGACCAGGAUCCAGCUUACAGUGGGUAGACUUCUCCUAGUCCAGAGAGCAAAGCUGGCUGCUCUUACAAGAGCAAUUGUUGUGAUCCAAGGGAGUAUAGUGAUUAUAGCAAUCCCUAGAGUGUGAAUAUAGCUCUCUAAUCCCCCAAACAGGAGCCUGGACUUCAUGAAUGGUAAAACAAAUAUCUUUAAUGGCAGCCACAACUGACCUUAUAUGCAGGUCCCCAUGCAAGGGGCACUCCCCCCUGGACCUGAGGGUAGACUACAGUAAAAACAUACACACAAUUACAUUGGCUCUCAGGUCCAGGACACUCUCAUACAAAAUAGGUCAAUCCUUCCUCUGUGCCUGAGAGGUAAAUGAGUCAGUAACUAUACUAAACCCAAUUAUCUCCAGGCACAAAAAAAAAACACCCAAAAACUCAAUUUUUAUAAAACCCCCAACAUACCUUUAAAACAUACAAAACUCCCACAAAAGUUACAUCCCCUGACAGCCCCGAUCUGGGUGACCAACAUAUCCAAAAAUCACCCAGAUCGGUUCAGGAAUUUCAUGGUCCCAUGCCAAAAAUAGUUCCAUAGAAUCGCGGCUAUGUGCGCUGGGAAUGUAAAAGCAAAAAUAUACACACACUAAUAUGAAUAAAUAAAUACGUAAAAAAGCGUGAUCCCAAGUGUCCUUCACACACACCAAAUGCAAUACAAGAAAGUGGGAAAACACCAAUACGUAUAAAAAGAAUUAUAACCACCUGUAAAAGGUAGGAUAUUGAAAGAUCCUAGAAGUCAUUGGGAUCUAUAAAAACCAAUAAUACAACAUGUUGUUGUAUUAUAAAUUCCAGUGACUUCUAGGAUCUAUCAAUAUCUUACCGGGAACCACAACGUUUUCAUGCCGAAAAUAGUGCUUUCGCGGAUAAGUCCCCCUGAAGUCUAUUCGCGGUUUUGUUCAACGCGAGCGUUUGGUUCUAUGCGCACAAAUGGGAAGUGCCAAACCAGGGGGAAUAAAAUAUGGGUCUUUACAGUCGCUGACCUGGCCCAUAGUCGAUGGGCAGGAGGCCGGCUUCCACAGCGCCGUUUGUCAGGUAUACUACAUGUCCCCACACAAAAUAGCUAUCGUAUAAUGAGCAGUUAUUUAAAGGGAAAUAAUUGCUUCUCAGGAUUUUUUAUAUAUAUAUAUAUAUAUAUAUAUAUAUAUAUAUAUAUAUAUAUAUAUAUAUACACAUAUACAUAUAUACAUAUACAUAUAUAUAUAUAUAUAUAUACACAUAUACAUAUAUACAUAUACACAUAUACAUAUAUACAUAUACACACACACACACACUUACUCGUCUUCCAUAUAUAUCAAAUAUGUAUCUGCGAGGUGUGAAAAAUAAAAUAAAAUGUAGAAAUCCGCAGCAGUAUCAUUUCUCCUCGUCUCUGUAUGCUCUCCCUGUGAUGACUGCCGGUCGCAAAGGACUAUCAGGGAGCUAAGAUGGAGAGCUGUGGCUUUCUAAAUUUAAAUUUCUCACACCUCACUACAUAUUUAUUAAAUAUAGGGGGCGGAGGAAAUAUAUAAAAAAAAUCCUGAGAAGAGAUUGUUUCCCUUUAAAUAACUGCCCAUUAGACGAUAACUAUUUUGUGUGGGGACAUAUAGUAUAUUUGUUUGUCUCAUAGAUUUUUUCCUUUCCUCUCCUCCGCCUUCCAAUGAUUGAAUUGCAGCACAGAAUAAGAACGUGCGAAGUGCUGUGAAUAAUUUAGUCAUACUGUUAUAGACUGACAAAGAAUGAUGGGAGUUGUAUUACAACUGCAUGAAGGAGGGUGCAUUUCAGACCUCCCCCCCAUGAUGUAUGCAAAGGAUCUGCACAGAGUAUGGGGUGAUAUUGUGACGGGGGUGCUGGCCUGGCUGCCAGGGGUGAGAGAUUGUCACCAUGUCUGCCACUGACCAUCAUAUUUUACAUUAUCUCAGAUUUCAGGGCAAAUCACUCUUCGGAUUUUCAUUCCCAGCAUCCCAUUCGUACAGUCCAAUCACAGUGGAAUCAGAUUUCAACAACCCAUUAUAUGAGGCUGGGGUAAGUAGUGUGCUGUCAGUGCCAGGCUGUAGGUGUGCCCAUGCAGGAGACAAUAUUGACUGCGAGUGGCUGGCUGCCACAGAUGGUGGUAGGAAAGUGGGAAUGGAAUGAAAUCUAGCGUGUGCCAUGGGUUCUGCUGCAUAUUUCAUUAACCAGGUGGCAAAGAGUUCUCCAUACAAGAAUACUAUGUCCAGCACUGAACAGUUAAGGAGCCACACAUUGCAGUCUGUAUAGAUAUACAAGAUCAUUAUUCUAACCCUGUCAGUGGCUUGUUGCUCUCAUUGAGAGGGUUUAAAGUCCGACUUUAGAGCUAAAUGAUAAAUAUUAUGUAGAGUCUGGGACAAAUUUUUCUACACAACUUUCACUAUAGUCAAAUCUAGGCUCUGCGCGCGGGAUGGCCAGUGGGUGCAUGCACAGCCAGUAUAAAACCAAAAUACACAGUCAGUACCCAGGAUAUUAACAAGAGUUAUAGUAGACAGGAGUAGCUGAAGGGAAAGAUUAGCUGAUUUAGAGUGUUUCCGCUAUUUUCACCUUAAAUUCGAAUUUCACGAUGAAUUCUCACCUUGAUGAAUAGCCCCGUAUGUGUGCUAGCGUUUAGCAGCUUUGGUUCUCCAAACGUUGAGAGUGUCAUUCAGCCACCUGAUUGGGCAUUUUUCUAGUUUGGAGCAGAACGGGCUGGAUCUCCAAUAGUAAAGUACCCAGCCACGUAGAACCCUGAACUUACCUCGAGUUGAGCUGGGAUGUCCUGCAUGUGAUUGGAAAGGCAGGAUUUGCCAGUUACCUGCACAUUUUAAACAUCUGCCCUCCUUUCUUGCAGGAUACACGGGAGUACGAAGUGUCAAUCUGAAGUGGAUGUGGUUUCUGGGUAUUGGGGAGGGGUGGGUGGGACCGGGCCUACGCGGAAUAUAUCAGAUUAUGGGUCUUUAUUUACAGAUUACCACUACAAGCUACACAAUCCCUCACCCUGCGAUCGUCCAGUACCCAUCAGAAUGUGACCUUCCAUCACGCAUCGUGUGACCUUUCACCUUUGUAAAAUGUCAUUUGUGCCAAAGUUACACUGUAACAUCUGCUCAAGAGAUUGAAGAAUUCCCUGAAUUACAUCCUCCAUUUUAAAUGGACUUUUAGAUUAUUGCCCACGUUACACAUUAAGCAGCCAGUGGCCGGCAGAGCAUUGCUUUUCAUACCCCCAGCCUUGCCAGGAAACAAGAAUAACCAUUAACCCCCAGUAAGGCUCCUUGAUGAUAUCACUCCUGUACUUCCUCCCCUGCAGAGCAAUGUACUUUGCAGAGCAUUAUACUAUUAAACCCACUCCUAUCAGAGAAGAGCAAAGUGAUUGCUCAGCUGCAAAUUCCCCAACACCAUUUCCUGUCUUUACGUGAAGUCACUUUUCUUAGGAGAUUUAAAGAUGGCCACCAGGCUGCAGACCCUUGUAGGGCAACAGUAUCAGGCAUGUUUGAAUUUCCACUCCAUCUGUCUGCGUCAAACCCAGCACCACUUCCAAACUGGCUUUAUUUUCAGGCAAUAAAGAGUGAGAUUUGUAAUAUAGUGUCUUGUGUUCUUUAUAC